CGGUCUUCUCUGCCACACCCCAGUGUGUGCAUGACAUGCAGUUGAGCAGCUUGACAUGCAGCGAUUGUAAAAGAGCUCGAAUCUUCAAGAGAAAAGCUCGAUUUUUUGGCACCCAACUCAUCGAAGACAGAAGGUGGGAGGAUUUCUUUGGAUGCAGAGAAUAGUUUGGAAGGAUGUUGCAUUGAGUUUAGUUAGUAUACGUGAGUGCUGGAAACCAAAGGUGAUUUUGUGUGUUUUCAUCGUGGGAGUUAUCUCGACAGUUUCAUGGCUGAAGAGGGUGGAUUAGGUGAUUCAUGCAGAAUUGACUGCAGAAGGGCUAUUUGAUUCAACUGGUUCACUACUGUUCGUUGGUAUCUACAGUGGAUUUACCCUUAGUCACUAUUCAGAUUACGCAGCUUGUGAUUGCGAAACGGUUUCACUGCUUCGUUGAUAAAAAUGGAAAAAAAAUGGAAAUAACCCUAAGAUGCAUAGAAUGCAUUUCAUGACUUUGUGGCAGACCAAACAUCGUGAAAGCCCCGAACUUCACUCUUCAGAUAAGUAACUUCAGUCCCAUUUGAGUUUUGUGGGUGAAAGUUCAUUUCUGGUAGUUCGAUUGUGCAGCUGGAUGUUAUUACGAGCGAAAAGGUCAGAAAGGACUGAGGCUAGUACAAUCGCUGAACAUGAGUGAUGAAACACAGCCACCAGGGCAUUCAGGUGAAACCUUGGUGGAGUCACAGAAAGGAAUCUCGAAUGGUGCAGCAAGUGCGAAGCAAACCCUCGAUGAAGCUAAUGUGAUCAGGGAUGAAAGAGGUGCAGGCGAGCAGUCCUCUCACUCUUCUGCGGUUGAUUGUAUGGCAUGGAGCUGUUUUCAAACACCAAUUCCUAUCGCAUUGCUUGGGAGUGAGGGUGGCAUAGCUGACUUAAGCGGCCAUUUUAAGCCUUGUAAUUCACAAUUUAUGAUCCCAGGAUUCCAGCAAAUGAAUCAAAUGCUUCUCGUUUUCCAAGUACCCCUUCCCCAGGCAGAUCUUCCAGAGCAACAGAACAUGGGCCUAAUUCACAAUGGUCUUGUCGCCAUUCCACUCAUCCCUGUGUUUGGAUACAGUAGCGUGCCAGGCUCGUCCAGUGUGUCCCCUGUUCUCUUGCCAAUGCCCAUCGGUGUAUCCAUAGCCAUGGAGACCCUUGCACCACCAACAGGGGUUUCUGGGGAUCUUACGCACGGAACUCUGAAUCGAGUGACAGAACGAGAAGCGGAAGAUGCCCAACGUCCACAGGUGCCUCAACGGGGUGGAGCUGGAGCAGGUGCACAGAAUCCUGAGGAGCCUCAUCGCCAAGGAAAUCGCAGGUUCCAAGUAGGGUUUCAGCUGGACUUGUUGCUGCUGCUGAAGCUGGCUGUUGUGGUGUUUGUUUUCAACCAGGAUGGAUCUAAGAAUCGCCUUGUUGUUCUCCUCCUCUUGGCUGCCAUUGCCUACAUGCAUCAAACUGGUGUAUUAGCACCACUAUUGCAUUGGUUCUCACAAUAUGCACACAAGGCUAUGAUGCCUCCACAACCAUUGAUUAACAACAUUGAUGGUGGCCAUAAUGUCCAAUUGCUUGCACAUGGUGUUGGUGAUGGUGUCAUUGACGGCCAUGAUCCAAGUAUGCAACAUGAAGAUGUCAAUAGGCAACAAAAUCUAGAAGAUGGCAAUUGGUGGGGAUUACUUAAAGAGCUACAAAUGCUUAUUGUGGGUUUUUUUACUUCUUUGCUUCCUGGUUAUCAACAUGUUGAUUAAUUUUAUAGAAUAUAAUAAAUUAUAAUAUUUUAUUCUUUUCCUACCAAACAUAUAAUAAUAGAGUUUUUUUAGACAAAGUCUACAACAAUUUUGAAUAUACAAUUAAAUCAAGUUAAACUUUUAUGUAUAAGUUGGAAUGUAAAUAUUUUUGAUAUUCUUU